GAUUUACCCACUAUGGGCCAGGAGUACAGGGGUAUCUUUAGCCACAUCAACCAACUGGAUAUGUAAUCUCAUUGUUUCCAUGACAUUCCUUAGUCUCACUGAAGCUAUCACAAGAUUUGGUACAUUCUGGUUGUAUGCAGGCAUAACACUACUAGGGCUAGUGUUCCUGGGUGUUGUCCUACCAGAGACUAAGGGGCGAAGUUUGGAGGAAGUAGAGGGACUAUUUGCCCACUCAUGGUGUGGCACCUCAGGGCCACCUAUAGUGGAUGAUGAGAAAACAGUGCAGUAUGUACAUAUACGAGGGAUCAAUAGUAACGAUAGGGAGUCAGAUGCAGACUCGGGAGAUGGUGACUAAAUUCUGAUGCCAUCUGUGGCUGGUUUAAUUCUAGUUUAAUUGGAUAAGAUGAUUUAUCUUAAUGAUUAUACUCCAUUCAUUACUGAUGCAUGUGGCCUAUAUAUAAUGAGGCCCAUGGAAAAAUUUAAAAAAAAUUAAAAUAAAAUUUUCGUGUCUGGUUGGAGAGAAAACCAUAUAGAGACAGAAAAUGUGGUGAAAGAUGAUGCGCUGUAAAAUUAUAGAUUAAAUGUCAACAUUAACAAAACAAACCAACGAUUUUAAUUUACGAGGCACCAGUACUUAUUAAUUUUUAACUCAUUUUGGGGGAGUUUUAAGGUUGAAUAAAUUGUCGCCAAAUAUAGUCAUAUCAUUUUUGUGAUGCUUAAUACAUGUAAUAUAUUGAAUGUGUUAAUCAUGAUUCAUGGCUUUAUACAUGUAAACAAUAUUAUUGAACUUUUAUGUGUGUAUUAAAUGGAUGUUCAAAAUGGAUGUAUAAACCAUAAAAUCAUAAAGUUUGUGACUUGUGUUUGGUGUCUGCGUUUUGCAUAACAAAUAUUAAUGCAAACAAGCAGUGCCAUUUUGUUAUGUUAAUGCCUUGU